AUGGCCGUCGCCUGCCGUUUCGCCGCGCCGCUGGGCCUCGCGCCGCUGCCUCGCGGCCGCGCCGUCGCCAAGGGCAUCGCUUUCUCUGUUGGCUCUGCCAAGGCUGUCCCACGGGGCGUCGCGAUGAAGGCGGCAAACGGGACGCCCGGCGGCGAGGAGACGCCGGAGACCGUCGGCCCCCUCUGCUGCACUGGCGUAGGAAGGCAGAUUAUCAAGAGAGCAGAGGAGGUUUUUCUUUCAACACAAGUAAAAGAAACUUCCGGUCCCCACUCUGACAAGGAUCUAAAGAGAAAUAUGAACUUGCUGCAGCAACUUGGUAUACUUCCUUGUGGUGCUACGGCAUGGUUGAGUUUUGCACAAUCAGCACAGUCUAGUGAAGGAGCAAAGUUAAAUAUGGUUUACGAGGUUGGCGAGCUGUUUGAGCUGGGAAUUCAGCUUUCGUAUCUGCUCAUACUACUUGGUCUGCUUGGAACUGGUACAUUUUAUGUCAUCCGCCAGGUUCUUGUCCGCAGGGAGCUCGAUCUUUCUGCAAAAGACUUGCAGGAACAAGUGAGAAGUGGCGAGGGAAGCGCUACUGAACUAUUUGAGCUUGGAGCAGUCAUGCUCCGGAGAAAAUUUUACCCUGCAGCUAUCAAAUAUCUUCAGCAAGCAAUCCAAAAAUGGGAUAGAGAUGAGCAAGAUCUUGCACAGGUGUACAAUGCCCUGGGGGUGAGCUACAAGCGAGAGAACAAACUGGACAAGGCAAUCAAGCAAUUCGAGAAGGCCGUGGAGCUCCAACCGGGCUACGUGACGGCGUGGAACAACCUCGGCGACGCAUAUGAGCAGCAGAAGGACCUCGCGUCAGCGCUCAGGGCGUUCGAGGAGGUAUUGCUCUUUGAUCCAAACAACAAGGUGGCGAGGCCGCGCCGAGACGACCUCAAGUCGCGUGUGGGCAUGUACAAGGGAGUGCCGGUGAAGACGACGGACAAGCGAUAG